AUGAGUCCCGGGACUCUGAACGGCGACGCUCAGGUCGGGUCCGAUGGACCGCGACAAAAGAGCAAAGCAACGCCCGAUUCAAUUCGAGUGGGCUGCAUUGCCUGGGUCGAGAAGGGCGGACAAGCGCGCCGCGCCGAGAUUUUGAGCAUCAAGGACACGAAAAGCGGGCGUCAGUUCUACUGCAACUUUGACAACUUCAACAAGCGACUCGACGAAUGGGUUCCUGUCAAGCGAAUAGAUUUCGAGCAGGACGUCGAGUGGCCGAACCCCGACAAGGACAAGCCAAAGGAUGGAAAGAACAAGAAAGCUCCCUCUGGGGGAACCAAGAAAAAUGCCGUCUCCAAGAAGGCGCAAAAGCGACCAGGCAAGAGGGAGCAGAGUGUCGCCUCCGAAGCCGUCACCCCCCAUCCCGACUUUGCCGACUCAAUGCGCACGUCAAAAGCGCCGUCGACGCCUAGAGAUAUCGAGGUCAAGGCUGGCGAGACACCUGCAGCCGGCGGCGAUGACAUGGAUGUAGAUGACGACGUUGCUACCCCUGGCAUCAAGAAGGAAGAAGAAGAGUUCAGUCGUGAGGCCGAAAUAGAAAAGCUUAGGACGGGUGGAUCUAUGACUCAAAACCCGACCGAGCUUGCCAGAAUACGGAAUAUUUCCAAAGUACAAUUCGGCCGCUACGAUCUCUUCCCCUGGUACUUUUCGCCGUACCCAGAGUCCUUCACGCAGGAAGAUGUCAUCUUCAUCUGCGAGUUCUGUCUCCUGUACUAUGGCGACCAAAAGUCCUUCCACCGGCACAGAGCAAAGUGCACACUACAGCACCCCCCGGGAAACGAAAUAUAUCGCGACGACUAUGUUUCCUUUUUUGAAAUCGACGGAAGGCGACAACGGACGUGGUGCCGAAACCUGUGCUUGCUUUCCAAGAUGUUUCUUGACCACAAGACUCUAUACUAUGAUGUGGACCCAUUCUUAUUCUACGUAAUGACGCAGAAGUCUGAGAAAGGGCAUCAUCUCGUCGGUUACUUCUCCAAAGAGAAAGAAUGUGCAGAUGGUUAUAAUGUUGCAUGUAUCUUGACUCUGCCACAGUACCAGAGAAAGGGAUUUGGACGACUGCUUAUCCAAUUUUCUUACGAAUUGUCAAAGAUUGAAGGGAGGCAAGGCUCUCCUGAAAAGCCGCUUUCGGAUUUGGGUCUCCUGAGUUAUCGGCAGUACUGGUCCGAGAAUAUAUUGGACUUGCUGAUGGACAGCAAUGAACGUGACGAGAAAGUCAGCAUCGAAUCUAUCUCCCAAUCGUUGUCCAUGACUCAUCAGGACGUGGAGCAUACAUUGCAGGCAUUGAAGAUGCAGGUGUACCACAAGGGAGAACACAAGCUGGUCAUUCCGCAAAGGCUGAUAGAGCAGAGAGAAAAGUCGAAACUCAAGCAAAAACAUUUGAUUGACUCGGAGCGCAUUCAGUGGAAGCCUCCCAUUUUCACAGCUGCCAACAGGACUUGGGGUUGGUAG